AUGUCGAAGAGAUCAACAAGCAUUGGAGAUCAAUCACAACCCCUCCAAAGACAAGGACGUGCAUAUACUUCCGGUGUUCGUGUUCGCCCUGGUCCCAGUGCUGCUGUUGGUCCUAUUAUUGGUGGAAGUGGAAGUGGAAAUGGAAUUGGAAUUGGUAUCGGGAGUGCCCCUCAAAUAAAGCCUCCCCCUAUCUUCUCUUUGUUUCCUCACCCUAAUCAGUCGACAUCUCCUACAUCUACAGAGAUGAAUAUUCAGAAUCUGCCAGAUCGUCGUGCGGCAAUACAUGCUUAUGGAAAAGCUCCUACCUUUACACCCCCAAUUAGAAUAGAGGAAGCAAGUCCAGGAGAGGAAGACGGUGGUGCAGAAGUAAAGGAUAUACCAUUCUACAAACCAUAUAGAUCAGCGGGAGGACACCAUCUAGCAGGACCAUCUCAAGGGAAUCGACCGAGGAGGCUUUCGUUGGACAGAGCAUUUGAUCCUAACAGUCAAAGAAAGGGAGCUGCAUCACCCGCAUCCGACAAAUCAGCAAAAGUUUUACAAGCUCAAGUUGAUAUUCCUGAGCGGACAAGUAGUAGUCUUUACAACGAAGAACACCGCGAGACUGGAGAGCAUUCUCUAGAUUUAUUUGAUAUGCCGGAAAGAGAGGAGCGUGUGGAAAUCAGAGAUUCAAAGCCAAGUAUACUAUCUUCACAACUAUCAAUGUCUUCACCUUCAACGGCGCGCUCACGUUCUCGAGCUGGUUCCGUGUCUUCCUAUCAAACAAAUGCCACAUCUCUCCCACCACUACAGAAAACAGGGGUGCUGGAGGAUGGAGAGACUUUGGAGCCAUUGAACGAGGAAGAUGUUGAUCCUGGAUCUUUUGAUCUCGUGUCAGCAACCGAGACUGGGGCCAAACGAUUUUCUCUAGAAAAAAGAUCAGAACAACUCUUUUCAACGGAGCAUUUACGAAUGAUUUUUAGUGAUCCUUCAUUACUUUUAAGAUUCACUUCUUUUCUAGGCGCGCAGAGACCUUCUUCCAUUCCUAUACUUAUAUAUUAUCUGGAUGCUGUUAAAGCCCUCAAAGCUAUUUCAUACUCCAAUGCUAUUGCGGAAGCUCUAGAACCAAUUCCAGGUUUCGAUUUUACGGCUACUGCAGCCUCGAAGACAAUGAGUGCUGCAUUAGAAGAGAAGGCCUCAAAGGCGUUUGACGUUUUAGUUCGAGAAGAUCUUCCUGCUUAUAUUACAUGGGCAUAUAUUCAGACUGUCAGCAUAUCGAUCCAGAGACGAAUUACUGGAACUUUACCGGCACACUUGAGAGAGGCUUCUGAAGGUUUGGCGGAGGUCUUUUGUUUAACCGAUCCUUCUCGUCCGGAUAAUCCUAUUGUUUUUGCUUCAGAGGAAUUUCACCGAACAACACAGUAUGGUAUGAGUUAUGUUCUUGGUAGGAAUUGUAGAUUUUUACAAGGACCAAAAACAAAUCCAUUCAGUGUGAGGAGGAUUCGAGAGAAGAUUGAGGCUGGUCAAGAACAUUAUGAGACUUUUCUUAAUUACAGAGGAACAAUUCGAUAUUUCAUUGGUGCACAAGUCGAUAUUUCGGGUUUGGUUAAAGAAUGCGCCGAAUUAGAAUCCCUUCAACGUCUUGUUGCAGUAGAAGAACUUGCCGAGGAGCGUGAAGCAGAACGAGCCGCAAAUCCUAAUGCAGAACACGAGGAGCUUCCACCGCCACCUCCAAAAGACGAAUUCCAAGAAUUGAGCGAAAUGUUAAAUAUGCAAGAGUUAGACACAGUACGAAAAUGGGGAGGAAGAAUGCAUAAAGAAACUGAAGAGGAUCAUCCUGACAGCAAUUUCCAGAGAGGAAAUUGGCAUAAGCCGAGAUUACACAUCACUAGUACAAGCCCUGAUGGUUUGAAGCCAAAUCCACACCUAGGACGCAUCAGUGGAAAACUUGGUGGUAUAUAUGAGAACUAUCUUCUCGUUCGUCCAUAUCCAAACUUGAGGGUUCUAUUCGCGAGUCCAACCCUCAGAGUACCUGGUAUUUUACAAUCACCUUUUAUGGCAAAAAUAGGAGGCAGCAGUCGUGUCCGUGAGGAAUUAACUCAAGCUUUUGCUGAUGGUCGAGGUGUUACCGCUAAAGUCCGUUGGGUCACAAAAGAUGAUUUGGAAGGUCGACCACGUUGGAUUCAUUGCACGCCACUCAUUGGUUCUAAUGGAGCAAUUGGUGUAUGGAUGAUUGUUAUUGUUGAUGAUGAGGCUUCACAGCAUACCAGCAAGAGAUAUAGAUUAGCCCCAGCGGUUGACCCAAGAUAUGGAAGAUCAAUACCGUUCGCUGGAAAGGCGGAUAGUAGUUCGGGAAGUAUUAGGGAUUUCUCGCCUAUGAAUCAUCAUGGACAAAAUGAUGGUAGAGGAGGAGGACAAGCACCACGCACACCUAGAUCACUGAGGAGUGUUGAUAAUGUUGAAGGUGGUAGUGUGAGAAGUGGAAGUCCGUAUACUUUGAGGAUUGAUUAA